UAAAUGAGUUUACUGGAUUUGAGUGAAAUAAUACGUAUAUUAAGCAUUUACAACCUGUGAGUUUAAAAAACAGCUAAGUUAUAACUGUUAAUCAUUGAUUUAUAGUCAUUUUGAAAGUAAUUUUAAAUCAGACAUGAGUUACUGUGCAGGAGACUGAAAGACUCAAUAUUAGGCUACAUUAAUUCAAUAAUACCUUUAUCACUGUACUCUGCUAUGUCAUGCAAGCCACUGUUUGUUCAUCAUAUCGAAAGUGAUACUGAGAGUGAUGCUGAAAAUGUCACGUGGAAGAUAAAAGCUUUGCAGCAAACACAAAAAUCAAUAACAUCAGCAGUGUAUGUAAGGUCUCGAGAAAGUCAUCCAGGAGACAUCAGAACAAAGCUACAGCUCAGACGUUCUUCAGGGCUUCAGGAUAAAAGCAGAAUAUGCUUAGAGAUGGGUUCCUGGCCUUCAGUUUCAGUCAUCAAUCAGACUCCUUAUACCUGGUACUUUGCCACCCAGGACAAAGAGUAUACACGCAUCAAUGCUGGUGACACAAUAUCCUAUAAGGAGUACUGGCAAGACUAUCGCUUCAUCUACUUCAGAUAUGAAAAUGACACCAGGGAUAGUUUUUCAUAUGAGUUUAGCACCAAGAAAGUCGGCACCUCUAUUAUCCUAACAGAAACACGUGACCGUUCCCAGAUUCAGAUGCACUGCACCUCUGAUGGUGGCAGUCGCUUCUGUCCCAACUAUGGUAAGUUUCUGCAAGCAUCAGUUCCGCUCUACACUAUACAGCCAAAAGUAUGUGCACCCCUGACCAUCACUCCCAUGUACUUUUUGAGCAUCCCAUUCCAGAUUUAUUUCCCCUUUGUUGUUUUAAUGUGCUUUACUCUUCUUGUAAGGCUUUUAGAGGAUUAAUUUUCUGCCAAAAGUAUUGAAGUCACAGGUCAAAAUAAGCAUGAUAAUAAUUGAGAAUUAAAACACCUGUAAAAUCAGUGA